AUGCGCCAACUCGUCCCCUACGAGGACCUCACCACCCCGCCGCCGCCCGCGUCUGGAUCGACGUCAAGCACCCCACUCACGUUCGCAGGUGAGAAACCGCCCUCUGCCCCUCCCGCAAAGAAGCGAAAGAAAACGAACUCCAAGCCCUGGCAGAGACCCCACCCUGAGCACUGGGACGACCCAGCCGCCGGCGCAGGCGACGCGUCCGUGCACAUGGUGUACGACGACGAAGGUGAGCCCACUGGGGUGCACCCGGACUAUGCUGCGGAGGAAGAGGAAGGCGAAAUGGCGGAGGACGAAGAGGAGAGCAGGGAGCUCACCCACAACGAGAUCUGGGAUGACUCUGCGCUCAUCGACGCGUGGAACUCUGCCGCUGCAGAAUACGAGGCGUUCAACGGCAAAGGCAAAAGCUGGAAGGACCAGCCCGUAAAGAAGUCGCCCCUAUGGUACAACGUGCCACCAGACCCUGAAAAGAUCAAAGCACGCCAGGCAAAGGUGAACGCAGCCCCGAUACCAACAGUCGAAGCCGAAACGGACUCUCAACCUAUUGACUUCAACACCUUCGUACCCACCCAUGAUCCAUCGCUUGGGUUCCCAGCACCCGCUCCACCAAUGCAAAACGGGCAGGCGCAGGCUUCUUUCAAUACGCCCAUAAGCCGAGACGAGGCUUUCAACCGUGCACUGAACGCAAUGUACUGGACCGGAUAUUGGACUGCGAUCUACCACUCUCACAGCCAGACGGGGGCGCCCAUCCCGAAUGGUACAGACGAAAUGGACGAGGGAAAGGAAGAGGAAGAGGAAGAAAUUACCGACUUCGUUUCUACUCAGCGCUGA